AUUUACAGUCUCUCGAAUUACGAUUGAAAGUCAAUGGUGUGAUCAUUAGCAAAAAGUAUCUUUCAGUGAGCAGUUGCAUUAAAAACACUUCCGACGACCCACAGCCGAACAAAUAUAACGAAGCAUGUUAAUUUGUGUUGUCCUUUUAGUGGCCGGUUUUGGACUGCAGGUUCAGGCUUGUGUUAAUCGCGUGCCGGUAGUGAAAAUGCGCGGCACUCUGGUUACAAUGCGUAAGCCCCAAAAUCAUGCAAACUGUACUGGAAACUGUGGAUCCUUGGUGAGCAGAACUAGAACGGAGACAUACAUGUCCUACGAUGAAGUGUGCUGUGAAGGCUACGUUCGUGAUGAGGAUGAUGAGUGCGUUCCUCAGUGCAAGAGUUGUGGAACAAAUGGGAAAUGCCUUUCGCCGGAUGUGUGUCUGUGCGGGAAGGGCUACUCGAAUCGAAAGGAUCGCGGUGUCUGUGAACCGGAAUGCAGCGAGUCCUGCGAAAACGGUACUUGUGUGGCUCCGGAUGAGUGCCAGUGCAAUGAGGGUCACCGGUUUGUAAAUGGAUCUCUAUCGGUGUGUGAGCCCGCUUGCCUCGGUGACUGCACCCAUGGACGUUGCUUGGAGAGCGGAGAGUGCCAGUGCCAGGUGGGCUACCAGUGGGAUGUUCAACUCAAGAAAUGCGUGCCCGUUUGCCAAAACCCGUGCUGGCAUGGCGAUUGUGUGGCGCCCAACGAAUGCCGUUGCCACAUGGGUUAUGAGCCUCUCUUCCUUCAACCCUGGAAGUGCGAUCCCGUCUGCACGAAUGGCUGUGCCAACGGUGCUUGUGUUUCCCCCGAGGUCUGCUACUGUAAGCCUGGCUUUGUUCACAUCGACCCGAACAAUGUUACCUCGAGCUGCCAGCCGCAGUGCAAACCGGCCUGCGUUAACGGUACCUGCAUCUCACCUGGACGUUGCAUUUGUAACGAGGGGCACGUUUUCGCCGAUGCAUCGGAGACCGUAUGUCAGCCAAGCUGUGCCAAAAACUGCGAAAACGGCAUCUGCAAGGGCCCCGGGCAGUGUGAGUGCUUGGCUGGUUACCAGAAAACGUCCCCACACCGAUGUACCCCAGUCUGCUCUACGACUUGCGGACGCAAUGCCCACUGCUCCGCUCCGGACGUCUGCGCAUGCGAGCCGGGCUACAAUUUUGUUAACGGCAGCACCACUGAGUGCGAGCCCUUCUGUCCGCGGAACUGCAAAAAUGGAGUGUGCAGCAGUCCUGGCAUCUGCAGCUGCUGGGAAGGGUACCAGGCUUUGCUAAGUUUUUACUGCAUUCCCAUCUGCACGAAAUCCUGCCUUCACGGAAUGUGUGUGGCGCCAAACGAGUGCCGUUGCUUCACCGGCUACCGACCGAGUGCUACGAUGGGGUCGAGGAUCUGCGAACCGAUCUGCAGUCAAGACUGUGGACAUGGCCGCUGCAUUGCCCCGGAAAUAUGCCAGUGUGACCCGGGUUACGCCAAGCGAUGGCCCAUGGGCACCUGCGAUCCCCACUGCCCGCAGAAGUGCGUGAACAGCCAUUGCGAGGGCGCUGGGAAAUGUCGCUGCUACGAAGGCUUUCAACUUCGGCCAAACUCUAGUUCCAUCUGCGAUCCCGUAUGUUCGCCGGCCUGCCAGAAUGCCACCUGCGUCGAGCCCGACACGUGCGCCUGUCUGCCCGGGUACGAGGACACCAAGGUAAAGUACCAAUGCGUGCCCACUUGUCGGCCCAGAUGCGAGAACGGGCGCUGUACAGCCCCAGGUCGAUGUGACUGCGAUCCAGGUCAUGCGGUGACCAAUGCCAGUGAGCCGCACUCCUGUCGCCCUCAGUGCCGGGAGCAGUGCAUCAACGCCGAGUGCCUGGCGCCGGAGAAGUGUGUCUGUCUGCCUGGCUACCGAAUGUUAAGUGGAAGUAGCAAUGAGUGCGAACCAAUAUGCUCCAAGCCAUGUGGAUCGGGAAGGGUGUGCACCGGUCCCGAGAUUUGUGAGGGAGAGAAUGACGACCUGGAUUCGGGAGUAGAAUCCAGUUUAACCGAGUCCGGCACACAUCUAGCCUUCCACUGGUCCAUGUUUGUGCUGGCCAUCCUGCUCUGCCUGUCGCUGGUGAUGGCUCCUCUGCUGGUGAUCAGGGAAAUGCAGAGACGCAGACGCGGGGGCGACAAGCAGCGGACACAUCUGAUCGAGAAUCCCUCCUACGGAGUGAUGAUCGCCAACGAGGACGCCACCAGCGAACAGGGCAUCGGAUUGGGGGACUAGUGGAGGGUAUAUUCGGUCUAACAUCAAAUAACUGCAUUCCAUUGACUCGGAAAUAGUUUAAUUUAAGUGUUUAUGGCUUGGUUUCAUUUUCAAUGUCUACGGCGAUGAGUGCUUGGCAUCAUCGAACACAAUACACACGUACAUAAAUAUAUGUAUCUAUAUAGAGUUACGCUAAAUAUUUACGAUUAGUGUUAAGAAUGUAAUCUAAUGUAAUAAAUUAUGUUAUACAUA